GGAGGAGGAGGAAAGCCGAGGAGGAGGAGGAGGAAGGCCGAGGAGGAGGAGGGAGAGGAGCGGGAGCCGCAGCGGGAGCCGCGGCCAUGGUGCUGCGGCUGGCGCGCCGCGCGCUCCUGGCAGGCCGCCGCCGGCUCCCCCUUCCCGCCGCUGCCCCCGCUCCGGCGGCGGCGCGGCUCUGCUCGGGCGCGGCGGGCGAGGCGGCGGCGGCCGGCGGGGACGGGGCGAUGCUGCGGCACCUGGCGCGCAAGCUGCGGGCCAGCGGGCCGGUCACGGUGGCCGAGUACAUGCGGGAGGCGCUCACCAACCCCGGCCAGGGUUACUACACGCGCCGCGGCGGCGUCGGCGAGAGCGGGGACUUCAUCACCUCGCCUGAAAUAAGUCAGGUGUUCGGAGAGUUAAUAGGAAUAUGGUACAUCAGUGAAUGGAUGGCCAUGGGCAAACCCAACACCUUCCAGCUGGUGGAGCUGGGCCCAGGGAGGGGCACCCUCACGGAGGAUAUACUGCGGGUCUUCAAGCAGCUCGCCUCUGUUCUUAGUAAAUGUGAUGUCUCUGUUCAUCUGGUGGAAGUGAGCCCCAAACUCAGCGAGAUCCAAGCAGUGAUGCUGACAGGAGGGAAGGUGCAGCCAAACCCUGAGGAUGAGUUGGCUUACAUGAAAGGCAUUAGCAAGACUGGAAUUCCCAUUUUUUGGUACAGAGACAUUCAAGAUGUGCCGCCAGGUUACAGCUUUUACCUAGCACAUGAGUUCUUUGAUGCCCUGCCAAUACAUAAGUUUCAGCGAACGGAGAAAGGCUGGCGGGAGGUGCUGGUGGAUAUUGAUCCUCAAGUUCCUGACCGGCUGCGGUUUGUCCUGUCACCGUCCAGGACCCCUGCAGCACAGAACUUCAUUCAGCCCGAAGAAGCCAGAGACCACGUGGAGGUGUGUCCUGAGGCCGGUGUCAUUGUGCAGAGGCUUGCCUCUCGCAUAGAGAAGGAUGGUGGGGCUGCUCUGGUUGCGGAUUACGGCCAUGACGGAACCAAAACCGACACUUUCCGGGGUUUCCGGAAUCACAAACUCCACGACGUGCUGAGUGCGCCGGGUACAGCAGACCUGACGGCAGACGUUGAUUUCAGCUACCUUCGAAAGAUGGCACAGGGGAAAACAGCGACGUUAGGCCCCAUCAAACAGCGGGAGUUUCUGAAGAACAUGGGCAUCGACCUCCGACUGCAGGUGCUCUUGCAGAAUGCACGUGACACAGCAACUCGUGAGCAGUUACUUCACAGCUAUGAUAUGCUGAUGAAUCCCGAGAAGAUGGGGGACUGUUUCAAUUUUUUUGCCCUGCUGCCUCACCACAGACUUGUACAUUCUGACAAGAAAGAUAAGCCAGAAUCAAAGUCUCCCCUACCACCUGUUGCUGGAUUUAAUGAACUGUUACUAAAGUAAUUUCAAAUACUA